CGUCACGUGAUUUCCUAGCGUCAUCGGAUUCCCGUCCUAUCGGCCUUAGUGCGCAUGCGCGCGCCUUGACUGCUAAGGCAAUCGUAGAACGCUGCCGUGAAGACGAAACGCAGCUUCACCUGAAUUCUCGGGUUCAGUUGCUGGGUGGGGAACCAGGUAGAAGAGGUAUUGUUCGUGUCACCAAAGCAGCCAAUUCAGACUGUAUUGCCCUCUUGUAUCACUAUGGAGGGGCCUGCAGUGGAGAACCUCAUAGACUUUGACAUGCCUUCCAGCACAGAAGUGACAGCACCCUCUGCCAUUGGUCCUCCUGACUUGUUAUCAGCCGAGCCUCUCAUCCCAGAGUCUGUGUGUGAGCUCCCAAAGCCAAUGGCCCCAAGACCAGCUGCAUAUGGAAGAGAGGAAGGUGCUGAAGACAGCGAUGCCACAGAGUCUGCAGACAGUGAGAACGAUGUCACUGAUUCACCUUCCCACACUUCCAGCUCCCGCCGCUCAUCUUCAUCAUCCAAUCACAGUGCUGAGGAUGCCGAUGUAGCGGAACGGAGGGAAUUCAUGAAAGCCUAUGUGGAGAAGUUGUUUUAUGGAAGGGAGGACUUUGACCAGGAGGAGAAAGCACGCUUCGGCGAGUUGUGUAGUGGAGAAAACGGCAAAGCCAGGGAGUGGUUUGCAAAAUACGUCAGUGUGCAGCGCUGCAACUCAAAGUGUGUAAGUGAGCAGACCUUCUACCGACUGGUUCAGUCUUUUGCAGUCGUCCUGUUUGAAUGCUACCAGAUGGAUGAUUACAGCCCUGCCAAGCACUUAAUGACCAUGUGCUUCACGUACUAUUAUAUCGGGAAGAUACAGCUGUCACCUACAGAGCUCCUGGAGAAGCCAAGUGCAGGUUUUGACUCAUACCUGCGCAGCAGCAAGGUCUGGCUCUCAGGCAAGAAAGACGUUGCUGAGAGAUUGUUGAAAAAUACGACGACUAAGACAGAUAUGAAGAGUUUCUUCGGAGGCCUGGAGAGCAAGCUCAGAGGCCCGGCUGCCCGAAAGAAUGAAGAGGCCGAGAGUCCAACAGAAGGCAAGCCUAAAUCACCAGCAUCCCCAGACAAGAAAAAAGGAGAGAAGAUAUACUUGUACACACACCUUAAACAGCAACCAAUCUGGCAAACAUUAAGAUUUUGGAAUGCUGCAUUUUUCGAUGCUGUGCACUGUGAGAGGAACAAGAGGUCCCCCACCACGAGGCGGACAGCUGAGGAGGAGAAAGACGAGAGGGAAAAGUGGUGUCAUAUGACCCAGGAAGAGAAAGAUGACAGCUCCAGGAUAGAAGAAAACAUCACCUUUGGACAGCUAGGGACCUUCACCCAUAAUAUGCUCGCCUUUGGAUUGAGUAAGAAACUCUGCAAUGAUUUCCUCAAGAAGCAGGCUAUUAUUGGAAAUUUGAAUGAAGAACAAUACAAGUUGCUGAGUGAUCAUAUUGAACAGAUGGCUGUGGAGUGAAUGGCAGCUACAGAUGACUCCACUAUCCUCCUGUUCUGUCCUACUGUUCGGUUCCCUAAUAUAUAACACCGUUCAGCCCCAGGUGGAAGCUCACUCCAGCCUUGCUCAUUUAUCCUGUCGAGCACUGGUACAACCCACUUUUAUUUGAAAAAUUUUCAAAAGUCCAGCACCUGAAGUUAACAUAUCUAUGAGUUGGUAAGGACAUUGCACUUAUUCCAGUGCUGCUCACUAUAACUCUGUGUACAUCUGCUAUGCUGCAGCGUCACACAAAUGCUAAGUUUAAAAUGCAUAUCAGUACCUGACAGAUCAGCUAUACUCUCAGUGGUUCAGUGUCAUCCAAUAACUGUAUAUAAUAUACUCAGUUACCUAUUCAACUAAGCUAAUGCUGAAAGUAUCUUUAUUGAGCUGGGGGAACUGGUGAACUGUCACCCUUCACCCCCCAUUCUAUUAGUCUUUCAAAUUUUGUUUUCCAACUCUCACUCUUCAUAUGGCAACAGCAUAAAGAAAUGUAUGACAGGGCAUUUAGACUGUAAUUCAAACUUGGCAUGUGACACACUCUAUCAUGCUCUCGAACACGUUAUCAGAUUCUCAUGUGCACACUAUCAAAUCUCUUAUACAGUGUGGCAGUGUGACGGUGUGAUAGUGUGCUUAAGAGGUUUGAUAGUGUGCACGUGAGAAUAUGAUAAUGUGUGUUAGAGAGUUAUGAUGGUGUGUGAGAGAAGGUAUGAUUGAUAGUGUGUGUGAGACAGCAUGAUAGUGUGUAAGAGAGUGUAUGAUAAUAUGUGAGUGGGUUUGAUGGUGUGUGUGUGAGACAUGUCAAGUUUGAAUUAUGCUUAAACAACCUUCCAUUAAAAAAAAUCUGUUGUCCCAGACUCAGCAUUUCCAUGCUGUUUAUAGUGCAAUUUUUUUUUUCUAGAAAUGUGAGCCCCAUAUCUUUCAUGUGCAAAACAGUAUUACGUACUCCCUGUAUUAUCCAUGUGGUGCGCGAGCCUCCAGAGUGAACUUUAAAACUCCAGUCUGUCCAAAGUGCCUUUAACAGAUUUUCCCCCUGUGAUUUGUCCUUGUUAAAUGUUGGAAAUGUAAACCUCCAGUUUUACAUAUUUUAGUCCCCCCACCACAUUUAGUGUGUGGUUGUAUAAGAUGUUUUAGGCAGUUUUGCAUUUGUUUGUAAUCUAUGUGCACUCCAAGUCUGUGUUUGCUGUGUUUAUAGAGUUGUUCUAAUUGUUUAGUGAUAGAUCAACGCAAGCUGUAGUGCUGUGUAACGGCUGUUGUGGUGUUGUGUUGUGCUGUGCUGUCCUGUGUUCAGUGUGCAUGUGUAUUCAUGGUGAAUUGAGCAUUGCUGUAGUGUAGUUUCAUGUCCAGUCAAUAGAGGGUGGUCGUGUUACUCCAUAUUAGCUGCUGAGCAGUGGAGGAGAAUGUUAAACAAGCCUGGUGUUUUAGAAAGAUUUAUGCAACUACUGAAGUCUCUUUGCAUGAGGAUAAGGUAAGGCGUGUAUAUAUAGUUUGUAAAUAUAGAGCUUUUAUCACAGAAUAUUGCAGUUUGCAUUGAAACACAAUGGCUGGUUCAAAAAAGGGAUCACUGGAUUGUAAGAUGUUAAUUUAUAGGAUAUGUAUAUGUUGUCACAUGGUGCACCCGGAUAUUUAAGGGAUGUAGCACAUCCAUUUUGUUGGAAAAAUAUGUGCUUAGCAAAUCGUGUACAUGUCCUUAAUGUACUGUGAGUGCUUUGCUUUACAGCCCUCAUAUUCCCUGCUGGAAUGUACCUGUUAUACCAUGUCUAUUAUGUGUUUAUUAUGUGUUUAUAAUAAAAGAUGUCUAACCUGA